AUGCAAUUACAGACCUCAUCGAUGAUUAUUGCAGUCAUGGAGUAUGUCAAAGGAAUCCAUGCAAAAUUGAAAUGCGUAUUAUGUGAUAACUGUGGUUGGUUUCAUUUGAUUGUCAUACAUCAAUUUUCGAUUUCAGGAUCAAAAAACGAUAUUCUUCGCAUGUUUAUCAACUGUGAACAUUUAUACUGCAAUACGUGUUUUGAUAAAUUAUAUACUCAUAAGUGAGCGAUCUUUAAACUAUUUCAAAAUUUUGAACAUAAUUCGAAAUCCUAUUCUUCAUAGAACAGAGCUCUUCGAGGCAUUGAAAGAAUUGCUCUAUAAAUUUCAGCUCGCAAUCAGGCUCACAAAAUUACUGCUCGAUUUGUUAUGAAUAUUCUAUUGCAGCCACGCUUUCUAUCUAUUUGUUCGGUAUGUAAUUUCUUAUUUAUUAUUGAAUAUAUUGCCACCCGGUUUUGUGCUGAAAACGACUUUUCUCUUUCCACAAACCCUCUCUCCCCUAAUUUAUUUCAUUUUCGUUUUCUAGAUCCUGAAUGCAUCCGCGAAAAAUGUUGCGAUUGUGAAGCCGAUGAUUUUGAAGAUAAGUAAGUCUAUGUUUUGUAUGAUUAGAUAAAUUAAACUGAAUUUAGCAUGUACUUGUGUAAAACUUGCCACGUUUCCGAGUUUCAAACUACGGAAGAAUUGAAAAAGGUUGUCUAUUGUUCAAAGUGUAUUAUCAAAAAACAUAUGCGCAUAGGACAUGAAACUGUUGAUUUUUAUCCGUAUUUGGUUAGUUCGUUUUUUGAAAAUUAAAUUUCAAUAAUAUUUGUUAUUUAACAGGCAGCCCAUCAAUUUGCCGAAAAAUCGGAAUUCAUUCAAUCAAAAUCAAAAGAUAUCGAAGAGUCUCAAGUUUUGUUAGAUGAGACGAUUGCUCAGUUUAAGAAACUUUCAACGGAUGCUGCAGAGGUUCGUGUUUCAUCAUUGUUUCAAUGUUUUUCAGUGAAAUUUUUUCAGGCGACUGAUGUUUUGACCGAAAUGACUCGUAGAAGCAAAUCGACCAAAUAUCAAUUACAAUUCGUUGAAAAAAUUGAGAGUUUUCUGAACGAGGUUGGUUUUGAUUUUUUUGUUCUAUACAAAGUUAAUCACAAGAAAAUACACAUUUUCCAGACAAAAUCGAUUCAUGUAAAAACAAAUUCGGAACUAAAAAUCAAUGUCAAUAAGCUUCAAGAAGCUUUGGAAAAUAUCAAGAAAUGGAAUGAAGAAAAGAAAGAAAAUUGUGUUGAUGAAUUGGAAACUGUGAAACUCGAGAAAUUUGAUGAGACAAAUAAUAAUGCUUGA